CACCGCUAACUCUUGUCCCCUGUCUGUACUUUAGCCUCCAGGUCGCCAUUUUGAACGAGUCGAGCAGCAAGAAGUUGCUAUCGACCCUCGACGUGAGCCGAAUUUUAAUAAAAACCAAGACAAUGAGUGGCAGUCGGGUCUUCAUCGGCCGUUUGAGCCCCCACGCCAGAGAAAGAGAUGUGGAGAAGUUUUUUAAGGGCUUUGGACGGAUCCGGGAAAUCAACUUGAAAAACGGAUUUGGCUUUGUGGAGUUUGAUGACCACCGAGAUGCAGAUGACGCCGUGUAUGAGUUAAAUGGCAAAGAAUUGUGCAGUGAGAGGGUUACCAUCGAGCACGCACGCUCCAGGAGAGGAAGGGGAGGUGGCGGCGGCGGAGGAGGAGGUGGUGGUGGCGGCGGGGGAGGUGGUGGCGGCAGCUCUGGAAUGGGCCGCUUUAGUGGCUAUCGUCAAUCUCGCAGCAGUGGUUCAAGGUAUGGACCCCCAGUGCGCACGGACCACAGGUUGAUUGUGGAGAACCUCUCUUCACGCAUCAGCUGGCAGGACCUCAAAGACCUGAUGAGGAAAGCUGGCGAGGUUACCUUUGUUGACGCUCACAGGCCAACCAAAAACGAAGGGGUUGUUGAGUUUGCAUCCCGAAGCGAUAUGAAGAACGCCAUCUCCAAGCUGGACGGCACCGAGCUCAAUGGGCGCAAGAUCAAGAUCUUUGAGGACAGCAGAGGCCGCAGCAGGAGCAGGUCUCGCUCUCGCUCACGCUCCCGCAGCUACUCCCGCAGCCGCUCCAGGAGCCGGAACCGCUCCAGGAGCCGCAGCCGCUCCCGGACACCCAGUCGCACCCCGGAAAAGAAAGCGCUGAGCGGCGGCAAGGCCAGCGAUAGGUCCCCCUCCCGCUCGAAGUCCCGGUCCAAAUCUCGCUCCAGGUCCAAGUCCCGCUCGCGAUCCCCCCGGUCUCGCUCACGCACGCCACCCCCCGCGCAAAACAACCAGUCCCGCUCGCGAUCCCGAUCCCGCUCCCGCUCGCCCUCUGCUGAGAGCAAACACUGAAGACGGAAUGUUUCCUUGUCUGUGCCGCCGUGCAUUUGUUGUUGUUGAACUCCAUCCUUGAGCUUCUUGGCGCACGCCUUCUUUUAAUCUUUUUAUUUUUUCCAAGUCUUAGUUUGUACCUUCCUCUGCAGGAAAGUCCUGUUUUUUGUGUUCCAUGAUGUCUUGUGUCCUUUCUUUUUGAUUACAAGUCCAUUAUUUUGGUGUCCGAGUGGAUCCGCCAUACCGUACUUUGACCCGCUUGGUUCCAGGUUGACUAAGCUGUGGUUGUAUCUGUGUUGGCGCCGCCCAACUGAUUAGGACGAGGCUCCCAGCGCACAUCGUGUUGCCUUCACUGCCCCCCUCCCACCACGUAAGAACAAGAUUUGUUAGACUGUGAUGUUUUUGUUCAUUUCAGCAGUUGAUUGUCAAUAAAACACUCGCUGCAAAGCUUUUUCUGGUGCCGUCUAAUAAACUUUUGUCAAACAA